UUUGCAACUCUCCCGACGACCGGUUCACCGUGUGUGUUUGUUCACCGAUCUUCAACCGAUCGUUUGCGCCGCCUUUGUGUGUGCGUGUGAAUUGUUUGUGUUUGUGCCCCGCGAUCACCCUUUCCCCUCGCUCUUUAAAAGGUACCGUUCGUUCUACGGUCAUUUUCGCGACUGCGCGCCGUGAGUGCUUCGUGAUAUUUUCUCUUCCUCUCUCGUGAUCUACCGUGAUUGUGUUAGGGUGGUCGUUUGGACGUUUUGUUGCUGAGUGUUUCGCGACACGCCCGCUGUGAUUGUGUUUGUGUCGUCGCCGUCGUGCAAAACGCCUCCAGAUUUCUUGAUCAUCGGCCGUGGUCGUCGUCGGUUUUUUUUUUCGUCGACACUGAGUUCACGGAGAUUAUAAUUAUUUUUAGUGCUUUUUUGCUAGGCAUUUUGGCGGAGCGAUUUUUUUUUUUGGGUAGCGGUUGAUCUGUGUUUGGUGUUUUUCCGCCGCUUGCUGUGACAGUUUGUAAGUGUCAUUCACGAGUUGCGUCGAGUUUUUAUUUUUGGGACGUGUGUUAUUUUGCCACACAAGUUUCUUUCGUUUUUUUUGCUCUCACGCGUUUCAACUGGGAUUUGAACACGCGUGCGUGUGUUGACGCGUGAGUGCGCACCAAAACCUCGUCGCGAACGGAAAACCUUCAAAAAGUCAUGACACAUGGAUAUUGUUGUUCGUAAACAAGCCGGAAAAAAGGGAAAAUAUUGUUCAUCUUUUUUGCUUAACCUGAGGAAAGCAUCCAAGCGGUGAACGUGAGCGGUUGUCAAAAUAGUUCAGCUGACAGCGAAUUGGUAAACAGAACAAACGUUCUACAACAAACACACUCGCCACAAGCGGAAGGGAGGAACGAGAACGAGAUUUCUGUUCAGCAGCAGCAGCAGCAGCAGCACUUCCUCUUUGGAACUGUUCAAGACAACCGCGGUGAUCACGUCACGCAUCGCAGCAGCGGCGAUCGAGGAGCUCGAACUGCUCCAUACGCGCAUCCAAAGCCAAAGAUCCAACGACGACAAUCGGCGAGAGACUCGGCGAGCAAGAACCAACAUUAUCGAUGGUGCAGUGCGGUCAAUUUUAGAGGAUUUUUGCUUGGUUUUUGCUCAACACGCGGUAGUGAAAGGGAGCCCUAGGGCCAAUAAGGAGUUCCGGGAGAGUCGGUGCCUGUGUUAGUCGCUGCGCGCGCCAAGUUCCAGUCCAGCCGCCAAGAUAGGUGCCAUGGGGAAAGACUACUACAAAACGCUCGGCAUACCGAAAGGGUCCACCGACGAGGACAUCAAGAAGGCGUACCGGAAGCUGGCGCUCAAGUUCCACCCGGACAAGAACAAAAGUCCGGGCGCGGAGGAAAAGUUCAAAGAGGUGGCCGAAGCGUACGAGGUGCUAUCCGACAAGAAGAAGCGCGAACUGUACGACAAAUACGGCGAGGAAGGACUGAAAGGAAGGACGUCAAAUGGCACCACAAACUCGUCACAAAACUUCACAUACGAAUUCCACGGCGAUCCGCGGGCGACGUUUGCGCAGUUCUUCGGCUCGAGCAACCCGUUCGCGUCCUUCUUCGACAUGCACAAUGACAGCCUGUUCAACGACAGUUUGUUCAACGACGACGAGUUUUUCACGUCGUUCGGGGGGCUCGGCAACCGGCACGGGCUGGGGGGAGCGUUUCGGUCACACUCGUUCAACGUGCACUCGCCGCUCAAGAAGGAAAAGGUGCAGGACCCGCCGAUCGAGCACGACCUGUACGCGACGCUGGAGGAGAUCUACCAUGGCUGUGUGAAGAAGAUGAAGAUCUCGCGGAGGGUGCUGCAGCCGGACGGCACCUCCAAGAAGGAGGACAAAUACGUCAGCAUAUCGAUCAAACCGGGCUGGAAGUCCGGCACGAAGGUGACGUUCCAGAAGGAGGGCGACCAAAGCAAGGGGAAGAUACCUGCCGACAUUGUGUUUAUCAUCCGCGACAAGCCGCACGUCUGGUUCCGGCGGGAGGGCAGCGAUCUGCGGUACACGGCGAGGUUAACGUUAAAACAGGCCCUGUGCGGCGUGAUCUUCGAGGUGCCCACGAUGACGGGCGAGAAGCUGCGGAUCAGCACCAAGCAGGAGAUUAUCAAGCCGAACACGGUCAAGCGGAUCCAGGGCUACGGGCUGCCCUUCCCGAAGGAACCGUCCCGCAAGGGUGACCUGCUGGUGGCAUUUGACAUCAAAUUCCCCGACAAGCUGACGUCGUCGGAGAAGGAACUGCUGAACGACAUGCUGCCAAACUCCUAGUUUGGUGCAUUUCAACACCCCGAUCCCCUUUCCCGCAAAACAAAAACAAACAAAACUUAAGCGCUGUUGUAGUCUUUCUGCGAUUUUUAUUUUUGCCUUCCUCACCUUACUGAGGAAAGGCUAUAAAAUCACUCGAAAACUGAACUUCUCAAUUAGCCCUCCUAGACCCAGCUUCAUGUAUACCUAUCGACUCAGAAUCAAAUUCUGAGCAAAUGUCUGUGUGUGUGGUGGGAUGUUGAUCAAAAAAUUGUCACUCGAUUAUCUCAACAUUGGCUUAACCGAUUUUGUCCGUUUUGGCGUCAUUCGAUCCGUCUUGGGGUCCCAUAAGUCGGUAUUAAAAAUUAUGCAGUUUAGUUAAGUACUUCAAAAGUUAUGCUAAAAAAACGAUUUUAACAAAAGUCCGGAAGAUUGUAAAAAGGGUGGUUUUUGUAAGAAAACCCGGCAUGUUAUACAUUUUUAGAAAGGUAUUUAAAAGACCUUUCCAACGCGUCCAAGACAUUGAAGAUCUGACAACCCUAUCAAAAGUUAUUACCAAUUAAGUGUUAUUUAUGUACUUUUUGGAAGCCGGAUCUCGGAUAUCAUGAUGAAAACGUUGUCCGGAUCUAUCAUGCGACCUAUCGUUGAACAGGUAAUCAAAAGACCUUUCCAACGCGUCCAAAACAUUGAAAAUCUGACAACCCUAUCAAAAGUUAUAAGCACUUAAGUGUUAUUUAUGCACUUUUUGGAGGCCGGAUCUCAGAUAUUUUGAUGAAAACGUUGUCCAAAUAUAUCAUGCGACCUAUCUUUGGAUAGGUAAUUAAAAAGCCUUUCCAACGGGCACAAAUUGAAUUGGAGAUUUGACUACUCUAUCAUAAGUUGUAAGCACAUAAGUGCCCUGAAAUAAUAAUGAGAUGAAAUUGAUAGAACACUUAAAGGUCCGCCCUAUUUUGGAUAGCAUUACCUUUUAAAUGUGAGGAAGGCACCAACCACCUAAGGGUGGAUUAAGUAACGUUUUUUACUCCUGUUGUAACUCUGUUGUCCUUUCCUGCCACAAAGCAACAACAUAAUACUGACACUCAUUUUACGUUUAUUUGUGUAAAAUUUUAAUUUUAAACUGUAUGUUAAUUUAUUUUGCUCGUAAUCAAGAUGUAUAUGCAAGAGGCCGUAUUUUAUCCAUUUUUAUCUGUAAAUAUUAACAGUUCCAUUUAAUUUUGUUUAUUGCUUGCUCACUGACGCGCGCGUUCCGUUCGCACACACAAAUGAGAAAAAAAAAAACAGGAAUUUAUUAAAAAUUGCAUUAAGCAAAUUUGUACUCGAGGUCGCCGCUUCACUAAAAUCCAUCCCAACCCAUUUCCGGUUGAAACAAUUAAUAAAAUUUUCACUUUAUGUUGCUGCUACAGCAGCAGCAGCAAUCCCAACAAAGUAUGAUGAUAUUAAAAUUCACACACCCACAAAUUCGCCCCUGAAACACACGGCAGCUUGUGCCACAACUACCAGCUCCAGAGUAGGAUUUUUGACCCGGAGAAGAUAAACAACAACAAAAACAACUACCUAUUUAAAUAACAAAACUGAUGACGAAUGAUGGUAAUGAUUGUUAUUAUUUAAAUCAAACUCGCGUUAUCUGAUUCUUGGAAAUAUAUAUAUUCUACUAUACAAACAAACAAUCGUGUCGGUCCGUA